UGAGCCUCUCAGUAAAACAUUGCCACGGGGCCAGUGCCUUCUCUACAACUGGGAGGAAGAGGUAUUAAGGUUUUGACCUACUCCCUUUUCUUAAAGGCUGCCCCCAGUUUUCUGGGGGAAGAUAGUAGUGUAUGAUGAGAGUGGGUAACAGAAAGGAUAUCAUGAUCACUCAACUUGGGGCCCACAGAGAGCCACCAACCAUCUGGAUCAAGUCCCAAGCAUGCAGGAUGGCUCCGAGAGUUUCUAUUUCCGACAUGGACACCAGGGACUGAUAACCCUGCAGCUCCAGUCACCCAUACCCCUCAGCACCACCCAGAAAGACUCAUAUCAGCCCCCAAGAAACCGCUGUCAGCCAAUUCGAGGAAAACGUGAAGCCAUGCUGGAGAUACUCCUGUGCCACCAGAUCUGUAAAGAGGUGCAGGCAGAGCAAGAACUGACAAGGAAGCCAUUUGAGGCUGAGUCUGUGACACACCAUGACUACAAAAAGGAGCUGGUGCAGGCAGGGGCUCCUGCCCCAACAAAGCCUCACAACUACUGUAAGGAGCAACCUGAGACUUUCUGGCUACAGAGGGCACCACAGCUACCGGGUGUCAGUAACAUCAAGACCCUGGACACGCCAUUCCGGAAGAACUGCAGCUUCUCAACACCAGUGCCUUUGUCCCUGGAACAGCCUUUUCCUGAUGGACCUGAGAAUUAUUCCCACCAAUUAGGACAAAUCUCUUCUCUUGGCUGUCAGGGAAGAGGGCAGGGUGGUGAGGUGGGUAGAACUGUCUAAGGGUUGAGGAGGGAAGUGAGAUGUGGACUAUGGAAUCUAUUUCUGUCUGUACUGGAAAGGUGGGAGGAAGUGAAUUCUGUUCAUACUUGGUGAAGGGGCUUUACAUAAAGGGUUCUUUCCCAUCCUGA